GGCAAGAGCAAGAACUGAUGCUAACCCCCUACAGUGCCAGGCUAACUAUCAUUAGCAAUGGUGACCAAAUCUCUACCAGGAACACUCACUGGACUUGUGUGUGUGACCAAACCUAAUAUAUAAAAGCCAGCUGUCAAACAGAGAGGCGUUUAGCCACCAGAGACAACCUCGACUCUCCGUGUUCAGCUCCGACUCCAGUGACCAGAAUGACAAUUAGCUCUCUAAGCUAACGCUGGCUAAAGUCACCAAAAUACAGCUGGGACCCAGAGGAAGCUGCUGAACUCGGCGGAGCGCUGCGUGGACGAGGCGUUGAGCGGUAUGGUCCGGGCCAGCGCGGGUCUGUCUCUGCUGAAGGGCCACAGGGUGCUGCUCCGCUCCGACCUGCACAGCCUGCAGGGUCGAGUGGCCCUGCUGUCGGGAGGGGGGUCGGGCCACGAGCCGGCGCACGCAGGUUAUAUCGGCAGUGGGAUGUUAUCAGCAGCAGUAGCAGGUGGAGUUUUCGCCUCUCCUCCUCCUGCCAGCAUCCUGGCUGCAAUUCUGUGUCUGCACAACGCAGGAGCUUCCGGGGUCCUUCUCAUCGUGAAGAACUACACCGGUGACCGCCUGAACUUUGGAUUGGCUGCCGAACAGGCCCGUAACCACGGCGUCGCUGUCGACAUGGUGAUAGUUGCCGAUGACUGCGCCUUCAACCAGCCCAGUAAGGCCGGGAGGAGGGGCUUGUGUGGCACCGUCUUCGCACACAAGCUGGCAGGCGCUCUAGCAGAAGAAGGAUGCUCAUUGGACCAGAUUGUCACCAAAAUGACGGAGGUGCUGAAGGGCAUUGGCACUCUUGGUGUGAGUCUGUCUCCGUGCAGCGUUCCAGGUUGUCUGCCCUCGUUUGAGCUGCCACCAGGAGACAUGGAGCUGGGACUGGGCAUCCACGGAGAACCUGGCAUCAAAAGGUCAAAGCUGGCAUCUGCGGAUGAAGUGGUGAAAACCAUGAUAGAUCACAUGACCAAUCCCGACAGCCAAUCGCAUCUGCCUCUGAAAUCAGGAGACAACGUGGUUGUGUGUGUGAACAACCUGGGAGCUCUGUCUUGUCUGGAGAUGGCUGUGGUCACCAGAGCUGCCAUCAACUGUCUGGAGGUUCGUGGAGUGGUGGUUGCCAGGGUGAUGUCGGGGUCGUUCAUGACGUCACUGGAGAUGGCGGGAGUGUCGCUGACUCUGAUGAAGGCCGACCAGGACGUGUUGAGGCUGUUCGAUGCUAAGACCAGCGCCCCCGCCUGGCCUAACCUCAGCAGUGUGUGUGUGAGUGGACGCGACUACACCACCGACCCUCCAGCCAUGGGCACCCGGCCGCAGGACGACACACACUCUGAAGGUCCUCUGAGCCCCGUGAUGCGGAAAGCCUUGGAGAACGUCUGCUCCACCCUGUUACAACAGCAGGAGGAACUGAACUCUCUGGACCGUGCUGCCGGGGACGGAGACUGCGGGAACACCCAUGCCCAGGCUGCUAAAGCCAUUCAGGAGUGGCUCCAGAGUCAUGUGGUCCCUGGUUGCCCGGGGCAACUGUUGUCAGUCCUGGCUGGACUGGUGCAGGAGAAAAUGGGCGGGUCCUCAGGAGCGUUGUACAGCCUCUUCCUGACGGCAGCGGCUGGUCAUGUGACUGAGGGGCAGAGCAACGCCACAGCCUGGGCCAGAGCAUUGCAUGCUGGGACACAGGCCAUGAGGAGAUAUGGUGGAGCCGACCCCGGAGACAGAACGAUGCUGGAUGCUCUGUGCCCUGCGGUGGAUGAGCUGAUGAAGCUCACCACAUCGCCCCCUGGUGGAGAGAUGGCUGUACUGCAGGCUGCCGUGCAGAAAGCGGCCUCGGGGGCGGAGUCGACCCGUGACCUCAUAGCGAGGGCGGGGCGGGCCAGCUACAUCGCAGCGGAGCGGGUGACCCUGCCUGACCCGGGCGCUGUGGCAGUGGCCGCCAUCUUUAGAGCCGUGCUGCAGGCACUGGAGGGGCGGCAGUAACCCGGCAGCCGGGACCCGACCAGAUACCAGAGGCACGGCAUUACUAACAUGUGUCAAACUUUGUAACCCUAAAAAGUGUGUUUCCCUCGGCGGUGUGUCCCUGUUUUGUCCUCAGUGUGUGUGUGAGGUGUUUUUCCACUGCACACAAGACAUCAAGGUAAAGACACACCACCUGGGAAACAAAUAUUUGCACAACUUUGGCAUAAAAUGAGCCUCACCUCUUCGCACAAAUACUGCUGUCAACUACAGAGGGUGUUUAAGGAUAAAUCCAGCCUAAAACACACUGUUUAAAUUGGAUUAGAGAUUUACACUGUGUCUCUGGGGUGUUUUUGAUGCUUUAGGGUGCAAUUUUUCUCCUGUUCAUUAUUUUUUUUUCUUGUUAAACCCCAGUUUAGCUGUGCCAAGAAAAUCUCUAAAUUAUAUAACUGGAUUCAGGAAAAAAAAAACAUCUACCAACAAAAUUACACCAGAAACACGAUGUAAAUUAUUAAUCUCUGUUAAUGUCUAGGUUGGAAUUCCCCUUUUACGUCAAUUAAGAAAAUUAUUAACUGUGGUACUUCCACUGGCUGCUGGGAAAUAAUCUGAGGGCUACCUGUAUCCGAUCCAAAAAUGGAUCCUGGAUUAGCUGCAACCACACACACAACCUUUGAAAUUUUUCAUAAAGGUGACAUUUUGUAAUUGUACAGGUUAUGGGAAGGUGGAAUUAAUGCGCACACACACACACACACACACACAUGAACACCCUACAUAUGUCUCUCAGAUGUCUUGAAAUCUGAUAGCAAAUGGAUUUAAAGCUGCACUAAGAAAGAUAAAAAUACACCCACUAAUGCUACUAUGCAAGACUGUCUCAUGCAGCUUUAAAGGUGCAAUAUGCAAAAUUGCCGAGGGUUGAUUUAAGUGAGAACUUUUAUUCAAGCUGAUGAUGAAAGCAAUGUAGACUCAGCCAUCAACUUACACCCUUAUUCUGUGUUUUUUUUUUUUUUGUUUGUUUUUUUGUCAGUUUAGUCUAAAUGUUCUCAUUCAGAUAAACCCCCUGCAGUUUUGCAAAGUGCACCUUUAAUUUAGCUCGUCAGCUGUGUGAUCUCAUAAGCAAAUCACGUUGUUUACCUCAUGUAUCGCUGAAACGCCUCUUCCUGGUCGAUGUGUUUCAAAGAGUUUCCUCUUGCUGCUGUUUGGUGGCAGAGCAAGUGUAACUUUAAAGUACAGAAAAUACAUCAGAUUAAGUGAUUCUUUUAUAAUAUUUGACUUAUUUAACUUGAGUCCAGAAUUUCCAAAAUCGAAUUCUUGUUUUCCCCAAGUCCUCAUGGAUUUCAGAACAUUCCAGCUUUCUUCUAAUGAAAGUCAAUGACACCCGAUCCAUUCACCAAAUACAAUAAACAUACCAUAAAAUACAAAUAAAUAGGCACGAAAUGCAGAGGACUAUAAAUAAAGAGGAACUUGUGUUGCCAGUAUUAUUGCAGAGACUUCUCUAGGUGUUGAGAUUUAUGCACAUCACACUACAACAGACCAGAAGCAGAAAAACUGCGACCGUUUUAAUUCUCACACAGAGAAACACAGCACGCUGACAAAUGCACUUUUUCAUAAAUGUUGUUUAACACAUUUGUGUAGUUUGAAAUGAUGAUUAAAAAUGUGUUUUGACUUAAUUAUUUGUGUGUUAAUCUCAUCUCUGUGCCCUAUGCCUUUAUGCAGAAUAAUUUAUAGAUGCACUUUUGUGGUAAACUGAGCCUGGUAAUUCUGAUUAAUAAAUAUAUUUCACCUA